UGUUCCACUGGUGUGAGUAGAAACAAAAUCAUGUAUUUUGGAUAUUUUUUGUUAGUUUUAUUUUGCGCCUUUCGUACGAAUGGUGUUGAUGGAAAACGAUUUUACAUAACGCGAUACGGUGCCUGCACGGACUGUGACAGAAGAAGUGGUAGUUAUCAUUGGUGUUCGGUGGGCACUGGAUCUAGUGAUUGGGAUUACUGUUCCAAAACUCCUGGUUAUUCUUCAUCUGAAUAUAAAUGUCGUGAUAAUCAUCCGUGUGGAUUCCAUGGAAACAGUUAUUUGUGGUGUUAUUUGGAAAAGGGCAGCUGGGACUAUUGCUCCCUAAUCGAAGACACGAGUGUAACACAAUUCACAUACAAAGAAGAUAAGUGCGAUAACUAUUGUGAUCUAGUAAGUGAUGCGUAUGUUUGUCGAAAAUCAAAUUACAGAACAGCUGAGUGUUCGAUCGUACCUGGAAUAACAUCAGAUGGAGGUGGAUGCAUAGAUGAUUGUUCCUAUCAUGGAUCUGGAUCUGGUUAUAAAUGGUGUAAGGCUGAUAAUAGCUGGGAGUGGGGCUACUGUGGCAGAUCGGAAACGGAUUAUGAUGUCUUAAAUGACAAUGAUUCAAGGUUUAGGAGGCAAGCUUCAGACUGUAACCGUGUCACUUUGCUCAGCCGGACAACACAGAGAUUGGCUGGUGGAGAUACAUUAGUGACGAUAACCUAUCGACAAGCUCCGAAUCCGUCCACCAUUCGGUCAACUAAUAGAGGCCUAUUGCGGGAUGCACGAACGGUGCUGUACAAAUGGCACAAGGGUGAAUCAUCUGAUCGUACAAAAGGUCCAACCACUGAACAAUCAAAUGGACAAAUACGCUUAGAUCGUCAAACCGCAUUUGAAGUAAAUGGGAUCCCGUUCAACAACUUUCAAUUACAAAUUAAUGAUGACCCAAGCUUUCCAUCCACUGUUGCUCAUCUUAACAUUCAAGGAGAGUUGGAGGGUUACGAAAUCAAUGGCUAUCGGCGACUGAUUGUUACUGGUCUUCAUCACAGUCUGAAUAGUGGAGCGACCGUUACGAUUUAUCAACAAUUGCUGGAUCGAAAUGGUCGGCCACAAUGUCCAGCUCGGUAUUGAAAGAACAAUUGUCUUAGGUUUUGAUAUGAAAACUGAAUAAAAUUCCGAAAGUUUUAGCACCGUA